UCACACACCGCCUGUCCUCCGUCCUGCCACCUGCUGCCCGUCAGGAAGGGAGCGAGCGCCCGCCCAGAAGCCACCAUGUCGGACCAAUCUGCCUUUGACACGGACGUAUGGACCCUGACCCGCUUCGUCAUGGAGACGGGUCGCCAGGCCAAGGGGUCGACCGGCGAGCUGACCCAGCUCAUCAACUCCAUGCUGACCGCCAUCAAGGCCAUUUCCUCCGCCGUGCGCAAGGCCGGCCUGGCCCACCUGCAGGGCAUGGCGGGCUCGGUGAACGUGACGGGGGACGACCAGAAGAAGCUGGACGUGCUGUCCAACGACCUGGUCAUCAACAUGCUGAAGGCCUCGUACGGCUCCUGCUGCAUGGUGUCUGAGGAGAACAAGGAGCUCAUCGUCACGCCCAAGGACAAGAGGGGGAAGUACGUGGUGUGUUUCGACCCGCUGGACGGCUCCAGCAACAUCGACUGCUUGGCCUCCAUCGGCACCAUCUUUGCCAUCUACAAACGUAUUUCAGACGCCGAGGCCGAGCCCACGGAGAAGGACGCCCUGCAGCCCGGCAGGAACAUCGUGUGCGCCGGCUACGCCCUGUACGGCAGCGCCACGGCGGUGGCCCUCAGCACCGGGGCCGGCGUCAACUUCUUCAUGCUGGACCCGGGCAUCGGCGAGUUCAUCCUGACUGAGAGGAACGUGAGGAUCAAGCCAAAAGGAAAAAUCUACAGCCUGAACGAGGGCUACGCCAAGUACUUCCACCCCUCCAUCAACGAGUACCUGAAGCACAAGAAGUACCCUGAGGAUGGCGGUGCCCCCUACGGUGCCCGGUACGUGGGCUCCAUGGUCUCGGACAUUCACCGCACCAUCGCCUACGGAGGGAUCUUCAUGUACCCCGCCAAUGAGAAGAGCCCCAAGGGAAAGCUGCGGCUGCUGUACGAGUGCAACCCCAUCGCCUUCCUCAUCGAGCAGGCGGGAGGCAUGGCCACCACGGGCACCCAGAGGAUACUGGACGUCCAGCCAGAGGCCCUGCACCAGCGGGUGCCCUUCGUGGUCGGCUCCACUGACGACGUCAACGAGUACCUGACCUUCGUCAAGAAGCACCAGUAACGUCAUAGCCAUGUUGCUCUCCUUUCAGCUUGUAAUUCCUGCACCAUGCUGCAAAUGUUUGACAGUCAUUAAAUAUUCAU